AAAUCGACACGAAAAUUACAAAAAAAUAAAUUAUCAUAGUGCAAAGUUCGCACAACUUUUAUCUAUUUAUUUCCACUUUAUUUCAUUGUAGUCAAAUCAAGCAAAAAAAAUUUUGUAUAAAAUCCUAGGAAGAAAACUUCGUUUACGUUUAUUAUCAGAAGUGAAACAGCCUGUCUCCCCAGCUGAUAAGCAUGGCUUGCCAGGUGAGGAUUGCAGAAGGAGUAAUACAAGGCAAGGAGUGUACCACAUUUGAAGGGAUCAAGUAUUACAGCUUCGAAGGGAUCCCCUAUGCCAAGCCACCUAUUGGAAAACUACGGUUCAGGGACACGCAGCCUCCGGAAAACUGGUCAGGCGUCAGAGAUUGCACGAAACCAGGCAACAAAUGCGCCCAGAUGAACCCGUUCUCGUUCAAAGGCUUUGAAGGCUCCGAAGACUGCUUGUACUUAAACGUUUACACACCGAGCCUGCCAGCUGAGAAAUUGGACAAACUGCCUGUAUUAUUCUUCAUACAUGGAGGCAGAUUAUUGAUCGGUUACGGAGACUAUUACCAACCUGAUCUGUUUAUGAAGCAGAAUGUUAUUUUAGUGACGAUAAACUACAGGUUGCAUAUAUUAGGGUUUUUAUGUUUGGAGACUCCAGAAGUGCCUGGUAACGCUGGAAUGAAGGAUUGUGUAGCGGCUUUAAGAUGGGUCAGAAGGAAUAUUAGACGAUUCAACGGUAAUGAGAAUAAUGUGACUGUGUUCGGAGAAAGUGCAGGAUCUGGGCUUGGUGCUGGUUGUCUUUCGUCAAAAAUGAGUGUUGGGUUAUUUCAUAAAAUUAUAGCGCAAUCAGGUCAUACGCUCGGUGAUGUAUUCUUUUCUGUCCAAGAUAACGUUGGCAUGGCCAAGUUCAUAGCGUCUAAAUUCGGCAAAGAUUUUAAAACUGUACCUGAGUUGUAUGAAUUCUACCAAAACUUGCCUAUCGAAGAAUUAGUGACAACAUACAGUUUCAUAGAAAGAGAUCCUCCAGUUUUGAACCCAAUUCUCAUGGGGGUGGUGGAGAAAAAGUUUGAAGGGGUCGAAAACUUCUGGGACGAGUCUCCUUUAGACGUAAUCCGUUCUAACAGAUUCAUCAAAGUACCCAUAUUAUUCGGUUCCAACAUGUACGAGGGAGCAGCUUUUGUGAGAACUGACGAAAAUGGGAUAGUUUUUGAAAAGGAUUUCCAUAAAUUCGCACCGAUGUACUUACAUCUCAGUGAAAACGACCCAAAAAGGCAUAAAAUUGGAAAAGCAAUCAAGCAACACUAUUUCAAAAAUAAGGAAUUAAACGAUGACUUGAAAUUGGAUUAUUUACAAAUGCUGUCAGACGCGUACUUUAAUAGAGAUCAGACUUAUUUCGCUGAAUUGAUAUCUAAACAUAGCAACGAACUAUACUUUUACAAGUUUCAUUAUUCUGGCAAUUUGAACAUAAGUGUGAUGAAGAAUUUGGGAGUCAAAGGCUCGACCCAUGGAGACGCAAUACAGUAUCAAUUUUACAGGAAGAAUAAGACGGAGAAAUGUGAUAAAAGAGAUUGGGCUAUGGUGAAUUUUUUCAGAGAAGCGUGGACUAAUUUUGCAAAAUAUGGUAAACCAUCAUGGAGCAACCAAAAGGUAGAAUGGACGCCUUACAACCCAAAAGAAAAGAAAAUGUUGAUAAUCAACGAUGAAAUUACACUUACGAAGAAUAUUGACUGGGACAACUACAGGUUUUGGGUCGAAGUGUGUGGGGAAAUGUCCAAGUUAUAGAGUACUUGACUAUCAAAUCAUCAUCAGGUCAUUUAGUCUCCACUGCAGGAGCACGACCCUUUAAUUCACCAGAGGCAAGAGGAUUUGUCCUACACUCCCUACGCUGGCCAGACGGUUUGGGGAUAUCGUCAAUGAACGAACCUAUUCUAUUAUAUUUAUGAGGUCAGUGGUUUAGGCAUGAAAACGUAAGUUUACCUUCGCAUUUAUAGUAUGUUAUAAAGGUCUAGCGCUUAAUUCAGUCAGUGCCUGAGGUUUUAACCGCCUCUGUGGUCUAGUGGUAAGACCACCUGCUUCAGACGCAGAUGUCCCGGGUUAGAUUCCCAGUGGGGGCAGAUUUUUCUGUUCGGUUUGGUUGGUGGUAGAGUUGUUCUAAGUCCGCCUGGCUAGCCACCACCAUCUUACCUAAGUCUGUCGCCAUAACAACAUUGUAUAGCAUUGUUGUGUUCCGGCAGUUAGAGGUAAGAUAGCCAGUUCCUCCGUGGUUGAGGAUUCCGGGUGAAGCUCGCUUCCACCUUCGGCCUGAUCGUCACUUACCAUCAGGUGAGAUACAGGCCAAGAGCUUCCUCGUUUUGGAUAAAAAAAGGUGUGGGAGCGGCACGGGAGGGGUGACAUUGACAUAUUAUGACGUGACAGAGCAUAUACAGGGUGACUGGAACUGAACCCGCCAUAGCUAAUACGCGUAUAGAGGAGGUCAUUUGCUAAUUAUUGAACCUUACUUUCUAUGACUAAAGUUUUAUAGUUUAGAAGAUAUGUCAAUUUUUAUACUUUUUUCAGAUUUUUCCGAAAUUUGACCUAAAGACUGCUUAAUUUUUUUUUCUCGCAAUGUUUUAACCGAUUUUUUUAUUUGAUACUAAUAUCGAAUAAACCUUUAGUCAAAUAAAAUAAAUUUCAGACCUAGAUAAUGAUUCAAUAACUAGUUACGAGCCGCCAAAGUUCAACAAAAGUACAAACCACGAUAAAAAAUUCAAGAUCGAAUUCGAUUUAAAAAAAAACUAAUGGUGAUAAUGGAUUGCCAAUGAUCUUAAAAAUAUCUCUAGCUUCUCUUCUUUCCAAUGAUAUAUCACACGUAGUAAUUAGAUAUUGAAAUUUAUUAAAAAUUCAAAGUUUUUGGAAGAAAAUGGAGUAAUAAUACGAAAAUUAUCCAUACAAAGUUUCUUCAAACAUCUCAUAUUUUCUGCUAUACUCCUUUUCAUAACUAUUUUUGUGUGUUUUUUGAAUAAUUAAUUUAAAAAUAAUAAUCACAUUAUGAAGAAAAGAGUUUAAAAAAAAUUCAAAAUCAAGUUUGUAUGGAUAAUUUUUGUAUUAUUACUCCAUUUUCUUCCAUAAACUUUGAUUUUUUGACAAAUUUCAAUAUCUAAUUACAACGUGUGAUAUAUCAUUGGAAAGAAGAGAAGCUAGAGAUAUUUUUAAGAUUAUUGGCAAUCCAUUAUCACCAUUAAUUUUUGUUUCAAUCGAAUUCGAAGUAGAAUUUUUUAUCGUGGUUUGUACUUUUGUUAGACUUUAACGGCUCGUAACUAGCUAUUCAAUCAUUAUCUGGAUCAGAAAUUUAUUUUAUUUGAAUAAAGACAUAUUCGAUAUUAAUAUCAAAUAAAAAAAACUGUCGAAAUCACGCGAGAAAAAAAAUUGAAGCAGUUUUUAGGUCUAAUUUCGGAAAAAUCUGAAAAAAGUAUAAAAAUUGACAUAUCUCCUAAACUAUAAAACUUUAGCCAUAGAAAGUAAGGUUCAAUAAUUAGCAAAUGAC